GUGUGUAAUAUUGCCAUAUAGCAAAGCGGCACAUAUUUUCAUCUCUAAAAAAUGUCUACCAUUUCUCGCAUCAUAUUCCGAACGUUCUCAACUACAGCCGCCACCAAAUCUCCGGCGGCCCCGUCAAUGUACGAAGAUCUUUACAAAGAACGCAAUCUCAAAACAGUUGUUGAAAAAUUUAAAAAGUUUUCAGAAAACCCCGCAUUUCGAAAACAAGCCAAUGUGUACGGAAACACAGUCCGCCGUCUAGCAUCCGCGAAAAAGUUCAAAUGGGUCGAAGAAAUACUUGAAGAUCAAAAACAAUAUCAUGAUAUUUCCAAAGAAGGAUUUGCUGUUAGAUUGAUUUCUUUGUAUGGGAAAUCGGGCAUGUUUGAUCAUGCGUCUAAGGUGUUCGAUGAAAUGCCUGAGAGAAAGUGUCCACAGACUGUUAAGUCAUUUAACGCGCUUCUUGGUGCGUGUGUGAAUGCUAAGAAGUUUGAUAAGAUUGAUGGGUUUUUCAAGGAGUUGCCUCAGAAGAUAUCAGUGAAACCGGAUAUUGUUUCUUAUAAUACUGCGAUUAAGGCUUUUUGUGAAAUGGGCUCGUUUGAAAUGGCUGAUAAGGUUUUUGGUGAGAUUGAGAAGAAUGGUUUGGAGGCUGAUUUGAUUACUUUUAAUACUUUACUUAUUGGGUUAUAUGGGAAUGGUAGGUUUCUUGAUGGGGAGAAAUAUUGGGGUAAGCUGAUGGAUUCGACGAGUGUUUCGCCUGAUGUUAGAAGCUAUAAUGCUAAGUUGGUUGGGUUGGUCGCCGAGAAGAAGUUAACAGAAGCUGUUGAAGAGUUUGGGAAAUUGGGGCCGAAAAAGAUUAAGCCUGAUGAGUUUACGUACAAUGCUAUAAUCAAUGGUUUUUGUAACAAUGGUGACUUGAAAGAAGCUAAGAAAUGGUAUGCUAAGUUGGUGCAGAGUGAUAAUACUACUAAUAAAGCAACGUUUGCUGCUUUGAUUCGAUUGGCAUCAAAAAUGGGUGAUCUUGAGUGGGCAGUUGAGCUAUUCAAGCAAUCUGUUGAACAGAAGUGUCUUGUUGAUCCAUAUGUCUUGCAACUGGUGAUUGAUGGAUUGAUCAAGGAGUCGAAAACUGAAGAAGCUAAGAAGCUUGUGGAGAUUGGCAACUCAAACAAGUUUAGACGCUACAAUCUGGCUAUGCCUGCAGAAGAGUAGUUUAUGAACUUUCAUUCUUGUUUUUGUUAGUUUAUGAACUUUCAUUCUUGUUUUUGUUGGAUGUUUCUAUAACAUUAUGAUAUGAUGAUCUUUGAUCAAAAAUAGAAAGGCAAGUUAUUUUGUUUUUA